GGCAGUGACAGCCUACUGCCCUCACCCCUGGUCUGGGGCCUUGUGUUGCCCCUACUAUCAUGGGUAGUGCGUAUCACUGGGAGGCCCGUCGCAGGCAGAUGGCUUUGGACCGGAGGAAAUGUUUGGUGCAGCAGCAGCAGCAGCAGCAGUGUCAGCAGGAACCAGGGCCAUCAGUGCAGACCCAGCUGCCACCUCAACAGUCACCAUCGAAGCUACCAGUACAGUCACAGCCAGCACCACCACCACAGCAAAUGAAACUAAAUGCCCAAGACCUUCUCAGACCGUGCACCUUCACGAACACUCUUCAGGAGACUCAAAGGUCAGGGCCCCAGUUUGGCUCAGUGGAAACUCAGUGCACUGGAGAGCAAGCCAACUACUUUAACAGCAAUAGAUCCCAAGGAGGGAAGAACAUCCCUCAAGACCCUAGUUUCAGGAAAUCAAACCAAAUGACUUCAAGUCAACAAACCAAGAUCUCACGACUCACAUCAGCAAAUUACAUUCAGCAGUGGUGAUCCAGAGAUCACAGGAUCCCACUGACCAUCUGCAAAAAAAGUGAAGCAACUCACCAGGCAGCAACAUCUGUGCUCCAGGAGCCACGCCCUCCAAACCGCUCUCUAAGAGGCUAGCUAAUAAAAAAAAAAAAAUGUGACUCCUG